GGAUGUGGGAGCGGAGACCGGGGGGGCCUGAGGGACGUCCCCGCCACCGGACAGCGGCCCCUUCCCUGCUCCUUCCCUUCACCCCCUGUAUUCGCCCCGGGCCUGUCUCCCCCCUAUACCCUGUGUAUGUCUGUGCUAGAGUGCAGCGUUGGCCACAGUUCACACCUUAUCAUUUAGACUUUUUGAUCAGUUGCGGUAAUACUGCUCCCCAAAUCCAGCUCUGGUUUGGUUCUGCCCAUAGUACGCAUGCUGCAGGUACUCAUUGAUGAGUGAAGUCUUAACCAGAAGACUGGCACUUGCAACAUAAUGGAAGUUAAAAACAAUGAAGUUAUACAGUCUGACCUUAAGCUUGUUGCACAUCCUAGAGCAAAGAGUAAAGUAUGGAAGUAUUUUGGAUUUGACACAAAUGCUGAGGGAUGCAUCAUGCAGUGGAAGAAGAUAUACUGUCGCAUUUGUAUGGCUCAGAUUGCGUAUUCUGGGAAUACUUCCAAUCUUUCCUACCACCUUGAGAAGAAUCACCCAGACGAGUUCUGUGAAUUUGUGAAAAGCAACACAGAGCAAAUGAGAGAGGCAUUCGCCACAGCUUUCUCCAAGUUGAAACCAGAAACAUCCCAACACGUUGUUCAGGAGACUUUAAUAAUGAAGAGCAGCCAUACUUUUGACAAGAAACAGCUUGAGGUUUCAUCCGCAGUAGUCAAUCUAAUCUGUGAUGGUAUGUUUCCAGCUUCUAUAUUGGAUGAACCUACUUUUAAAUCUCUUCUAAAAACUCUAGAUCCUAGGUAUGAAAUUCCUAGCCGAAAAUACAUUUGCAGCAGGGUGUUGCCAGAGAAAUACCACACUGUUAGAGAUGUCAUACUAAAAGAGUUGGUGGACAUUUUGUGGUGUGGCAUUUCCAGUGAUAUGUGGAAAAGUGAAAGUCAGAACAGGUCAUAUGUAACCCUUUAUGUGCACUUUUUGGCUACUAGUCCUUCUAAUUCUUUUACUAUAGGAUCCCGAUGUUUGAAAACACUUGAAGUUCCUGAGGAAAACAAAGCUGAAGCGAUCACUAGAGUAUUGUAUGAAACCUUUAUCGAGUGGGGGAUUAGCACUAAAGUUUUUGGAGCUACUACUGACUAUAGUAAAGACAUUGUAAAGGCAUGCUCUCUACUGGAUAUCCCUAUAGACAUGCCUUGUGUAGGUCAGACAUUUAAUAAAGGAAUACAACAAGCUUUUCAACUCCCCAAACUCUCAGGACUUCUUUCAAGGUGUAGAAAGUUGGUUGAAUAUUUUCAGCAAUCAACUGUAGCGAUGUAUAUGCUUUGUGAGAAACAAAAGCAGCAAAACUCCGUUUCCUGCAUGCUUGUGAGUGACCGUGUUUCAUGGUGGGGCAGCACACUUGCAAUGUUACAGCGGCUUAAGGAACAGCAGUUUACCAUCGCAGGUGUUUUGGUUGAGGAUAGUAAUAAUCACCAUCUUAUGCUGGAAGCCAGUGAGUGGAAUACAAUUGAAGGUCUUGUCGAACUUCUGCAACCUUUUAAACAAGUUGCAGAGAUGUUGUCGAUGUCAAAAUAUCCCACUAUAAGUAUGGUUAAACCUCUUCUACACAUGCUACUUAACACAUCCUUGAAUAUAAAAGACACAGACCUAAAAGAAAUGAGUAUGGCCAAGGAAGUGAUUGCCAAAGCUUUGUCAACUACAUAUCAGCAGUCACCAGAAAUAGAUAUGUUCUUAAAUGUUGCAACCUUUCUGGAUCCCAGGUACAAAAGACUUCCCUUCCUAUCUGCAUUUGAACGUUCCCAGGUUGAAAACCGUGUUAUUGAAGAAGCAAAGACCCUGCUGGACAGAAGCAGGGAAAACUCCAGAUCUGAGGAUAAAGUAUUCACAAUUCCUGAGGAGCCUCCAAUUAAAAAAAUUGCUGUGUCAUCCACUCCUCCUCCUUCAAGCAGCAUCAACAAUAUGCUAGCCGAAAUUUUCUGCCAGUCUGGACCUUCAGAAGACCAAGAAGAAUGCCAUGCACAAGUGGUUGAGGAGUUGAGCAAUUUUAAAUCCCAAAAAGUUCUGGGACUAAAUGAGGAUCCACUGAAAUGGUGGUCUGACCGUCUGGCGCUAUUUCCUCUUUUACCAAAGGUUCUCCAAAAAUAUUGGUGUAUUCCUCCAACAAGAGUCUUCCCUGAACGUCUCUUUAGUUCAUCAAUGAAUGUUGUAAGUGCAAAGAGAAAUAGGUUAGCUCCUGCUCAUGUGGAUGAACAAGUUUUUUUGUAUGAAAAUGCACGAAAUUCUUUAGAAGCUGAGCCAGAAGAUGACGAUGAAGGAGACUGGGGCUUGCAACAAGAACAGUUUUUUAAUUUCAGUGACUCAGUCGCUAUAGGCAAUCAUUUUUUCUCCAUUAGGGAUAGUGGGUUCAUUUAAAUGGGCACUGUCAGAAUAAAAAACAUUUUAUAUAUUGUACAUAGUAUAAUAACCUUUCUAAUAUACCUUAAAUGUAUCUCCUUUUUAUAGAAAUCUUGGCAUAUUAAAUACCACUAGGGGUCCCCAUACCACCCAGAACAUAAUCCUGUCUGGCUGCAGCAUUAUCUUUGUCCAAGCUGAAGCACAGAUAGGAGCAAAAACUAGGAAUUGAGGGCAGGUUUAGCACUCCUCUGUGCUCACUCCUGCAAACUGAGGCAUGAAGACUGAAAGGAGGAGGUUACAGAGCAGUCUUCAGUGACUGGAUGAAGAGACCCAGCACUGCACAGUAGUUUCAGGGAGGAACUGAAUGCAUGGUGAGUGAGGGCAAGUUCAGUGCUUCCCUCAGACGUGUUGCUUCCUGAGCAGUGGAUGUCAGAAUGAGUGAGAAGCAGAACGGAGGGAUUAUUUUAAAGCCAAAUACAGAUGCUUGAUCAAUAAAAAAAGAAAAACAGGUUAAAAGUCUUUUUUUCUGUCAUAUGACUGGUUUGCUUUAAGAUUUGCCCUGGUGGUGUAGUUUUAAUUUAAUGAGAUGUAUGUAUAUAUUUUGUAAGCUAUGGUGUUGAGUGAUAGGCUAGCAAAAAUGUCGUUUUUUUGUCUAGUCAGAAUGAAAGUAGAAAGAGCUGUAUUUUUUAUUUUGAGGGGGGGGGGGGGGGUUAAUGAAUUGGUUUUAGACACUAAAUUAAGGCCUUGACAUCACACAUGUACAAUGCAGUAUAAUCUUUUAACCUUGUUUUAAGGCAGUGGUUGUUUGUCUAGGCAUAUUGCAGAUUUUAGUUGACCUUAGCAUUAGAAUGUGUUCCAUUUCAUUGUUUUAAAUAUAUUUAAUUUAAUUUAGUAUGAUCAAGCAAUAAAUUUAUGUCAUGGCUAUGUAAAGUUUUUGAAAGUUUGAUUUUAUUAACUAAAAAUCUCUUGACUUCUCAUCAGUUUUUAGUUGGCGUCUAUUAAUUGUUUCAAUAAAGGUUAUCCUUGCUGUAA